AGACAUUUUUUUUUCCGUUUCCGUGCUUAUUUUCCUUUUAUUCGGUCUUUUUUAACCGUUGAUUUGUGUUUUGUUUGCGAAUGCUUUACGAUUUUUUUUUCUUCAGUUUUGUGGCGAAUGAAUAUAAUUUGAAAGUUCGAUUAUGAUUUGGUACGUAUAGAAAUCAGUCCUUAACUCGUGUGUUGGCACGUCUAUUUACAAUAAAGCUCGGAAAUUACUGAUAUUUUUCGAGUUUCGUGAAAUAUCGAACGUAGAAAUGAGAAAAAGUACGAAUAAUAUACUUUGUAAAUUAUUAUUGUCAUAUAGUGUGUGCAAUAUAAAUAUGCCUAAGUAUGUCAGUAGGCAAUGAAAUAUAGGCGUACAUAAUCAAAGUUGGAGGUGAAUAAACUUUACCAAUGCGAAUAUACGAAAUUUGUACUUUUUGUAUACGAUGACGGAUGUAUAAAAUAAAAAAAAAGUAUCCUUCUGUAGAUCGAUUUGUACAAGACUGUCUUUCUUAGUCACGGAGGUAACAAAGCGAAUGUGCAUCAAUGCAAAUAUGCACAGUUCGAUCUUGGCUGGAAUUGAUAAUAUUUUGUUAAGAAAAGGACAAAUUUCAUAGUUACGUCUAAAUACUCGAGUCACGCAUGGGUAAGACGAUAAAGGAAACAAUUGAAGGGUUCUGUAAAGUCCACAUAGGCGAUUAUGGGUUAAUUAUUGAAUUAACAUAAUCAGCUUUUUCUAACUCAUUUAUACACCGACAAUAACUGUUGUUAAAGACGCCAAGUCAAGUAUUUUAAAUACAGUAUAUCAUAAGUUUAGAAGAAUUUGUUGUACAAUCCCGUUGUGAUAAUUUUACGCGAAUGUCAAAAUGGAAAGUCCAGUUAGACGAAGCAAAGAGUCCAAGAAAGGACGAUAUUCAUCCGAUUUAAACAACAUGGAGCACGUAAAUGUGCAAUUAAAGGGAAAACUGAAAAUGCUAACAGUCGAAAUGAAAGACGCCGUGGAGAGAAUGAAUUCCAUGGCGGCAGAAAUGAAUGCGAUUAAGAAUGAAAAUUUCUCAUACAAAGAUCGAGUUGCAGAGCUCGAGCAAGAAAAUGCUCUUCUCAUUUCUCAAAUCGAAGAAAUGGCCAACGAACGAGCAGAAAGAGAUGCAAUAAUCGAGGAGUUCGGUACAGCCGUUGAAGCCAGAAUCGUCGAGUGGAAGAACAUUUUGGAUGAAAAAGACACGACCAUUGCGAAACUGAAGGAGAACCUCAUGUACGCGGCUAGCGACCGGCUCACGAAUGCAUCGCCAGACGAGAGAAAUCACGCGGAGAUAGAGCGAUUGAUCCAAGACAUCGACCGUCGUGACGAGAUAAUAGCCGAGCUGCAGAGCAAACUCUCCGAGGCGGUAGUCGAAAUAAACGAAAGCAGCCUGCUUAUCGAGAAAUUUAAAUCCGAUAGUAAAACGAAGGAUGCUUCCAAGCGAGCUACCAAAGGCGAGCGAGAGACGAACAAAAAAAUGCAAGACGCAAGCAAGAGGAUAAGUAGCCUGGAGAGCUUGCUCGAACGCGCCGAGAGAGACGCCAAAGUGAAAAGCGAACAGCUGUGCGAAGCUCUGGCGAUCUUGAACAAAUACGAGGACGAGAAGACGAGCCUAACGAAUGCGCUCGAGGAGAUCAAGGAGUUGAAGGAUCAGCUCGAGAAGAAGAACAGACACAUAGAAGAUCUGAUCGACGUUGUGAACAGACUCGAGAGCGAAAAUUCCCGGUACGAAGAGGCUAUAAUAGUCUUGAGAGAGAAAUUGGGCAUCACCGAAGACGAGGAAUUUGCGAUGGAAGAUCUGAUUGUUCGGCGUCAACAGGCGCAGGAGGAGAAGAUCGAAGAGAUCCAGCGAAGCUGCGAUCAGCAGGCCAGCGAGAACGUAGAUCUGAAAUUCCAGAUAAGGAAACUGAAGACAGCUCUGAAAGAGUCACUGAAAAACAAGCUCCGGAGAACCAACGGCAUCUCGAGCGACGGUGAAAACAUCGAGGAUCUGAGCCAUCGCUCGGAGUCGAAGAAAGACCACGUGGAGUUGAAGAAGAUGAGGGAAAACGUCAAGUGGGUGAUCGAGGAGAACGAGGCUCUGAGGCAGGGAAUGCACGAGAUCCUGGACUGCAUACACCAUCAGGAUGGUAAGAGCAUCGUCACCAUACAGUCCCAGACGCUGGAGAAUCUCUUGGAGGCUCUGGACGCGAGACACUUAGCUGGAUGGUACCACCCAGCCAUGAGACUGCAGGGCCGCGUGAACUAUCUGCAGGGCAGCAACGCCGAGCUGAGAGCCCAGCUUCAGCAGAUAAGGAAGAACCAGAUGAUGAUACUGGAGGCAGACUCGCAGCAGCGUUCGAGCAGCGUCGAGGAGGGCGAGUGCUCGCAGCAGCAGACAUCGGCCAGCUCGAAAACCGACCUCCAACCUGCCCUCAGUCAGUCCCGCAACAUCACUCCGAAAUCCUCGGAAAACGCCGACUCGGGCAGAGCCUCCGGUAAGCCAGCGGACAUGGACGAGAUCCAGCGAGUCGACGACGACGACGUCGACGAGCCUUCGGGAUCCUGCGACACUCCUCUGGACGACGAGGGUUUCGGCAAAAAGUCCGAGGAGGUCUAUGCCAUGGCCAAGGAGAUGGUCGCCCAGGAGAGCGAUUUCAAGAAGGCCCUCAACGAGGCGGAGACUCGACAGAAAAUUUUGGAAGCCCAGGUCGUCGGUUUGAGGAAGAACCUGGCGAGCUACGUGUCACCCGAGGCACACGCCGAGCUGAGGGAGAGGUACCUCGAAGCGAACAUGCAGCUGAGAGCCGCCUUCGAGAGUAAGUUUGGCACGAACGACGAGGACUCCGUCGAAGCUUUGAGGAGCAAGGCUGUGCAGGAACUGAGGGACGAGUUGGUCUCCCUGCACAAGCAGCUGUCAGAGCUGGCAUUGAGCUCCGCCAGGAGUAACAGCACGGACGGAAGAGCCGUGGGAGAACUGGAGGGUCGUCUCGCCGAGUUGAAAGCUGAGAACGAGAGGCUGAAGAAAGCAGCGGAGAUCGCGCACCAGGAGGCGCUGAUACACCGAGCCAUCGACUCCAGCGUCCUUACCGAGUUCAACGAUCUUCGCCAGAGGAUACUCAAGUUCGAGCUCAACGAGGACACGGAGGUCAAGGAGACCGCGAGAUUGUCCUUCGAACUCGCCAACCACAAAGUCAUCGUCACGGAGCUGAGAGAGCAGAAAAAGCUCCUGGAACGAGAUCUGCUGAAGGCCAGGGAAGAGCUCGCGGACUUGAGCGGCGGAAGGGAGAGCGAGGGCCAAGUCGUGGAGCUCGUUCGUAGACCAACGGACGGCAGAGAUUACAUAGAGAUAAUAGACUUCUUGCAACACCAGUACGCCGGCUCGACGUCGCUGAGCGCCUGGGAGAGAUACGAGGCUAGUUUGAACAAGUUGAACAACGACAGGAACGAAGUUAAGGAACUCAUCUCGCAGAUUAACGAUCAGAACGAGAACCUCAAGAUUCAGCACGAAACACUCACCAGCAGACUGCAAAUCGUCGAGCAGCUGAAGGACAUGUUGGAGCAACAGAUCGGGAGUAACGACGUUCAAGACAUUAUGCAGAGAUUCACGACCGAGAGCAGACAGCUGCUAUCCGAAUCCAAGUACAAAGCGCUUAUCAGUCAACUGGAGGAAGAGGCGAGAAAGGCUAACUCCAAAUUAUCGGAUUACGAGAAAAAAGUCGCCUCGAUGGAGAGAGAAUUAAGAAACGCGCAGAAAGCUUGGAAAGUCCAGAAAGCUUCGAGCUUGAGGCGACCCGCGAGUUUCGACAAAGCGACAGAGGCAGCAUUCAAAUCCGAGAAGGAAGCAAAAUCCGCGCAAACCGAGUUGAAAGUGCAUUCGGUCGAGACGCAGUGCAGCCUCUGUUGCAAAAGCGCGAUGAGAGAUAGCCAGGUGGAAAAGAAAGAUUCGGACGAGAGUGAAAUCGACAAUAAAACUCGAGAGAGCGACGGCGAGGCUCCCUUGAAAACAACGAACAUCAACCUAUUACAAGAGCAGCUAAAUCAAGCACUAGCCCUGGCAUCGGAACGUUCGGUCGCCCUAUCCAAGUGCGAAGCCCAACUAACUGAGUACCUCGCGCGAAACGACUCCCUCAGUCGACUCCUCGAGGAGAAAACGUCGUCCGCCCCUGUAACGACUAAUCACGAGGAGGACGAGCAGUUGGCUGAGAAGUCCGGACAUACAAGUCAGGAGGCCUUGCAGUCGAGCGUCAAGAGUCUCCAGAAGAUCAUCUCGCAGAAGGAGGAGACGAUCGCGAGAUACCAGAGUCUGUUGAAGGAGGACCGCGACAAGCACAGCGAAGCCGCUGCCAGAUUACACGAGGAGAUACGCAGCCUCAGAAAGAGCCUUGCCGAUGCCUCGAAUAAGGAUAAUGCGAUGGCGUCGCCGAAUACCGAGCACGAGCAGCCGGAGAGGGAUAUACCCACAGGGGAGACGACGCCGGCCUCGGCGUCUCGUACGGAGGAGACGUCGAUCCUUCGGGAGAAAAUAUCCCGCCUCGAGACCGAGCUGAGCAUAAGCGCCGAGUUGGCCGAGAGGUGGCAUCGAUUGGCCGAGGAUAGAUUGCGGCACAUGGAUAGCACGAGGGAGAGAUUAGAGGAGCAACACCGGGAAGAAAUCGACAGCUACCGCAUGGAGCUGAAUAAGCGCCAGCGCGAACUGGUGGAGUUACGUCGACAGCUAUCCGAAAACCGACGAGCUCCCACGACGAAGAGCGAAGUCCUGUCGUUCAUGAAAGUGCUUCAGAUCAAGGAUAAUCGACUGGCCGACGCGAUCGAAAGCGAGCUUGAGGAGCACGCGGCGGCCGUUACCUCCCAGCAGCUCUCCACGACUUACGAGGUCGAGGAUGCGAGGCUCUACGAGUUCGAGCAAAUGCAAUCCCAGCUGGACAACCUGCGCAGGCAGCUGCAAGCUUCCAUGGAGAGGGAGAGGUCCUACAAGAACGAGAUCGCCGAGUUGCAGCAGCGGAUGAGCAGGAGGUACAUGGCGGUGAAGGCUCAGGAGAAGAAGGCCUCGAGGCGGGAGAUGCAGCUCGAUCGGAAGGUGAAGGAGCUCGAGGGGGAGCUGAGCGAGGCCAAGGAAAUGCUGGACCGCCAGUUCAUGGUGCAGCAGGCGAAGAGAGCGAAAACGGCGGAGGAUCUGGCUCUCUGGGAGAAACUGAAGAAGUGGCAGCAGACGGCCGAGCGGCUGAAGGAGAAAUUAAAAGAGAAAACCGACGAGUGCCAGAGAUUGCAGAGCAAUUACGAAAAACUGCGGGCGCUCAUAUCGUGCAUGGAGCGGGAAAAAUGGUUCCUCCGAGGCAAGUGCCGCAGCGAGAGCGUACCCGUGUCCGCGUGGAUGCCACCGCCACCCGAGAGCCACUGCACCAGUAGCAGCAACAACGACUUGCUGGUCGAGGAAUUGCAGCGAGAAUGUCGGGAACUGCGGGAACGCGUGAACGAACUGGUCGCUCGGCUGAGCCGACAGGAGGAAGAAAAAAGGAGAGCAGCCUCCGUCGCUUUCGAGGACGAGGUGUACACCGACGAGGAGAUCAAGAGGCUGAGGGAGGUGCAGGAGAUACUGGAGAAGGAGAACAUCAGGCUCGAGGCUGAGAACUUUGAGCUUCGCUUGGAGCUCGAGAGGGCCAACGUCAAUACGCCGAGGUAUCAGGAGAAGAUACAGCACUUGGAGAAGUACGUGGAGAUUUUGAAGACCGAAAAAUCUUCGGAGCUAUCCUACCCGUGCUCCGCUCCUCCAAGACGCGACGGGACUCAGAGAACCAAAGCCGAGCUCGAGCGAACGGUCGUGACCCUGAAAAAGCUAGUCGAGAAGUUACAGCAGGAGAAUAAAAGACUGAGGACUUCGGUGGCUCAGAGCGAUCUCGGCUUACCGGCGCAGUGCAACUGCAUAUAUUUGAGGGAGGAUUACGAGCAGGCCAAGCAGAGAAUCGCUGUGCUGGAGACGGAGCUUGAUCUUGCGGAGAAGAGAAUCGCGAUGAUGGAGGAGACGGCUGCCCUCAAGUCGGACGACGAUAACUCCGAGGAAGUGGCGCUGCUCAAGCAACAGCUGCACCGCAAGUCCGAGCUUUUGAUGAAGGUUAAGGAUCUGCUGUCCAAAGCUGCCAGUAAUGAGAAGGAGCUUAGACAUCGAAUACAACAGCUCGAAUUCAAGCAAACGCUGUCGAUAAUACCAGAAUGUGGAUCAUCAUUAGCCUAGAUCAUUACAUAAAGUUAGAUAUUUCUCGUAAGCUGAUGCACAAUAUUUUGUACAAAGGAUAAUUAAGUAUACUUUAAGUGAUAAUUUGUACGUGUAACAUAAAAUAAAAUUUGCAGAAAUAAAUAAAUAAUCGUA